AGUACACGAUGGAGCUAUUACGGUUAGUUUUAGCCGCUGUCAUACUAUGCUGUGCGCAUGCUUAUCUCACAGGAGCACCCUGUCGGGAUCCCCAUGGGCGCUUCGCAUACCGCUGGUCGCAGUGCCAUCUCUGCUCUGUCCAAACCUGUCGCUGUGUACUGCAUUACGGACACGGCCUCCGGGCCGACUGUGACAGAGUAAGGGCAACAAGUGUGCGUCCACCUCCGGGUUGCCAUGUAGGUGGGCCAGUCUACGACGGUGCGGAUAUCAACUGCUGCCCGAUUCUGUGCUCAGAAAAUCCUCUGUUAGAAAGCUGUCUGUCAUCAUUCGGGACGUCCUUCAGUGAAGGUGAGACAUGGGGAGAGUGUAUUCCCGGAAAAAACUGUUGUUCCCUGAGGUGUGAAUGUGUCCGAAUCAACGCCAGGCUUACAAGACAGUGUGAAGAGAGGUGUCAUCGUGUAGAAAUCUCUGAUCCAAGAUGUCGAAUUGUGGAGCCCUUCCAGAACUCCACAGUCCGAGAUUGUUGCCGUGUAGAAUGUCCCACUACAGCUCUUGAAACAUGUGUCUCCUCGUUCGGAGAGCGCUUCCAAGAGUCCGAGACCUGGACAGAAUGUUCCCCGGGUAGGAGUUGUUGCACGAAAUCCUGCGAAUGCGUCCGACAAGGAAGCACACUUUCUCCUCUCUGCUUUGAGGCGUGCCCCGGAAUACAGCUACUUCCAGGAUGUACCAUCAUCGAGCCUUUCCAGAACGCCACACACAGAGAAUGCUGCCGAACUCAGUGCUCCACCCAGCGUGGCGCAUAAAUGCCGUCGCAAUCCAUCACCAUUUCCCUUUUCUGCAGUACGCUAAUUUUCUUAUAAUUCCUUAGUAUAAUUUUUGGAUAAUUUGCUUUUUAUCGCAGUAUUUUCUCUUAUCGUGGUAAUUUCCUCUUAUCACACAGCUCAUUUCCGGUGUUUGUCCUCCCCCCCCCCCCAUGAUGAAUGCUUUCUGUAUCCAUAAUAAACCUUUGUACAUAACCGUUGAAAUACCAACUCUUAGGCAACAUUCCAUCCCAUUUAAAUUACUGUGUCUUGACAAUCAAACACAUUUAAAACAUCAUGUCCUUGUUGAACUUACGAAAAUAUACAUUCAUUC